UGACUCGACCGCGUCGGUUUCUGUGCGCUGCCGGUGUUUUAUUGUUAUUCACGUCGUGGUCGACGAUAGCCGCUUUCUGUCGAAUACCUGAAUGUUUGUCGUCGGUUGUGAUCGUAUCGUGGCUUGUCGCGGUAGCGAUCCGUUUCGCGCGCUACCUCCGUUUUCGUUUCGUUCACAACAGCCUUUUCUGCUGCGAGUUAUUAAGUUUAACUAAAUUAUCGUUAUCAGACGAAAAACCGAUUUUCCGUCGCUUAAAAAAAAAAGAAGUAUAGUAUAUAAAAUAUAUACUACACUUUGCCACUGCAACGUAUGUUUUGAGAAUUGUUCUGGGAACGAUAGGCCUACGCAUGGAUCUACGCAAAUCCGACGAGAUGGUCGAAGCGCUAUCAACUGGUUUUCAAAACCUCUACAACAAGUACACCAGAUCGGAAAAGGGGUCGCAGGACGACGGCAGGUGUAUAUACUUACGGCCGGUGAACAAUAACUCCGCCGACACUGACGAUACGCAAUGUUUGCAGCGGUACCGCCCGAAAGCCCGCAAACAGUUCGUGUUCAACGUCAAACAACUGUGUGAACCUAAAAGUUUGGAAUGGAGAAUCAUAAGACAGAGCAGAUUGCGUCCAUCCACAGGAAAGUGUUGUCCGAUCUGUGUACCCAACACGUCGAGGGAUAAUGAAAGAAAUGUGUCGAAUUUAAAGAACUUAUUGGACAUAUAUAACAUUGGUUCUGUUAAAAAGUCAAUGUUCGGUUGUUUCGUCGACGAUUUAAAGUUUUUCUACCAGCUCAAAAGCCAAGAGUACAAAUACAUAUAUGACGAAGUUCUAGAAGAUGAAGCUGUAGUUAAAACAAUUAACAUAGUCGCAAAUAAUGCGUGUGCUGAUGAUUUGGCCGUCGACGAUAGCCGUUUUUACGAAGAGUUGAGAGCUCAGCAAGCAAACGCGAGACGCAUACUAACUGUCAUUAGCGCAAAUGUGAAAAAUUGGGUCUACAAGGUAAUCGGUUGGUUCACGUACCGGACGGUCUCAUUGUUGGCUACCAGCCUUGUGGUACAGCCCGCUCAAAUUAACAGGGUCAGGGAAGCAGAACAGAGUGGCCUACCCAUUAUUUAUUUACCGUUGCACAAGAGUCACAUGGACUAUAUACUUUUGGGAUUAGUGUUGACUAUGAAUAACAUCAAACCGCCUUUGGUAGCGGCCGGAGAGAACCUCAGAGUCUUCUUCAUUAGUAAGCUGUUGAGUUUCUUGGGAGCAUUUUACAUCAAGAGACAUGUAGAUACUAAAAAAGAUCAACUCUAUUGGUCAGUUUUGAGUAGUUAUAUUAAAAACAGUAUGAAAAAUGGACAUCAUAUUGAGUUCUUUUUAGAAGGUGCUAGGACUAGGAGUGGAAAGUGCGGUGUUCCUAAAGCUGGUUUAUUGAGUAUCAUAGUGGAUGCUUACCGCGAAAAAGUUAUCGAAGAUGCGUGGAUUAUUCCUGUUUCUAUGAAUUACGACCGUAUAUUGGAAGGGAAUUUUGUCAGAGAACAACUUGGCCAACCAAAAAAGAAAGAGACUUUUUUUGUUGCAAUAUUAACAUUUAUUAAAGCUAUUUGUUCACACUAUGGAAUAAUGAGGAUGGAUUUUAAUCAACCAUAUAGAUUGCGAGAUUUAUUUGAAUCAAUUGAUAAAUUGACAAAAUUAGAAAAUGAAUCGUUAAAUAGGAAUGGUAUGGAAAUUAUGUCCGAAACUAUUUGCUAUAAAAGUACAGUAGACAAAAUGGCAAAACAUAUAGUUUAUGAUUGUUGGAAAUCAACUCCUAUUAUGUCAACACAUGCAGUGUGCUUUUUACUUUUGAAUAAGCAUAGGAAUGGUACUACUUUAGAACAAUUGGCUAAGGAUUUAUUGAUCUUGCGUAAUAAAUUGUCUCAAAGAGAUAGAGAUAUUGGUUUCAGUGGAAAGUCAAUAGAAGUUAUUAAACAUGCACUUGAUCUUUUAGGGCCAAAAUUAGUUGUAUAUGAAAAUACUGAUAAGGGCCGUUUUGUUAAACCAAUUCUUGAUGUACCAGUCUUAAUAGAACUGUCAUAUUACGCAAAUAAUCUUAUUUCCCAUUUUAUGCAUCAAUCAAUAGUUGCUCUUACAAUAUGUAAACUAAUUAAUCUGGAGUUAUGGAACACAAGUAUAACAGAAACAACAAUUUUAAGAGAAUACUUGGUUGAAGAUGUAUUAUUUAUUAUCGAUUUAUUACAAUUCGAUUUUGUUUUUAUUAAACCUUGUGAUAAUAUAAAUAACAUUGUGGAUACAGUGAUUAGACAAUUUGAGGAAGAAGAAAUUAUAUUGGUAGACCAGACGUUUGAAGAAGAAAGACUUAGCCGAAAUAUGGCAAAACUAUUAAAUUGUGAUUCCGAUGAUGAUGAUUAUCAGCAGUCAUAUGCUAGAAUUGAUGUUAAAUAUCGUGUUAACACUAAUAUAGACAGUUUAAAUAAAUUAAAGUUUUAUCGAUCAGUUAUGAUGCCAUACUUAGAAUGCAUGGCUGAAAGUGCUGGAAGUUUUCUUGUUUUACCAGAAAAUUCAGUGACAGAAAGUGAACAUAUACAAACAAUUUUAUAUCAAAUGCAUGAGAAUUUGGAAGAAGGAAUUUUGUCUUAUGGUGAAAGUAUUUCUGUUGAUACCAUAAAACAUUCGUUUUUGGCGUUUGAAAAAUUUAAUUGCUUACAAAUCACAACAAAAGACAAUAUCAAGACAUUGCACGUUAUUAAUAACCAAUCCAGCGAGUUAGGUACAACUAUGUCGGGUAUGUUGGAAUAUAUUGAAGAGUUUGUUAAGCAAAUAAAUUAAAGUUAUAUUAAGUAAUGUUUGUUUAAUAAUAUUAUCAUCAUUUAAAACUAAAUUAU